GUUUGCCAGCUCCCUGGCGAACACAGGACCAGCGCCUCGACAGAGAGAGAGAGAGAGAGAGUGAGAAAGAGGAAGAGAUCAGAUUCUGUGGGCAACCGACUAUGGUCGUUACGACAAUGCAUCGAGGUUUCUAUGAUGGACUUUACUGGCUGUCCCAGGACUGGAUAUCUCUGCCGUCUCGGAUCCAGGAUGUGCUUUGGGUUACUCAGGGUGUCUACUACCCCAUUCUGGCUAUCGCUGGAGUUCCAAUGAACAUAGUGACGCUCGUGAUCCUAUCUCGCAAAAAGUGCGGUCUCUCCAAAUGUGUCACCUCUUACCUGGUGGCCAUGGCAGCGACAGACCUAAUGAUCAUUAUCGUCGACUUGAUAUUGAGACACAUGCCAAUGGUUUAUCAUAUCCAUUUUAUCUUCCUGUAUUCCGUCCCUGUGUGUAACAUCCACGCCGUCCUGCUGUAUGCAGUCACUGACUGUUCUGUCUGGUUCACCGUCACUUUCACCUUUGAUCGCUUUUUGGCCAUUUGUUGCCAGAAGCUGAAAAGUAAAUACUGCAGUGAGAAAACAGCGGCUGUGGUUCUGGGCACAGUGUCUGUGCUGAGCUGCUUAAAGAACACUUUCUGGUAUUUUAUGCUCACAGCUCACUAUUGGCUGAUGAACAGGCCCUGGUUUUGCCGUGUAACCAAUGACGUUCGGGAAUCUCGGUUCUGGGUCAUCAUCGAGUUUCUCCAUCACAUUCUCACCCCGGCUCUCCCGUUCGUCCUGAUUCUGCUGCUCAAUGUUUUCACCGUCCGACACAUUCUCGUGACGAGCCGAGCCCGCGGGAGGCUCAUUGGUCAGAGUGCCAGAGACCCAGAAAUGGAGAGCCGAAGGAAAUCCAUCAUUUUACUCUUUGUUAUCUCAGCAAAUUUCAUCCUGUUGUGGUCAAUGAUAAUGGUCUACUCAAUAUGGAACAGAAUGUUGUAUUUACGCUAUCUGUCUGUCUGGAUAAACGAUUUUGUCCAGGAACUGGCCUUCAUGCUGCAGCUCCUCAGUUGCUGCACAAACACUGUGAUUUAUGCUGUGACACAGACCAAGUUCAGGGAGCAGCUGAAGAGUGUGUUGAAAUAUCCCUUUACUUCAAUUCGUCAAUGCAUCCCUUCGUUCUGAGGAAAGACGCCGGGCAACACUGACAGCCACCCAAAAAAUUUCCAAUUCAUUUCACAUUCCCAGCAAGGGAUAGCGAUCUAUCCCUACCUGACUGUAAACUCAUAUUGAGGGUCCAGAUUUGAGGUUGAAAAUGCUUGAUGACAACCGCAUAAGGGGAGGGUUUGCCAUGACGUUGACAGAGAUGAAGGUAAAACCUAUGUUGAGACUGACUGAUUUGAGCUCAUUUCUGUGUGAACACGAGGCGGCCAAUUAUGACUGGCACAUCGUGUUGGCGGUGGUAAGGUAUGUUGCUCAGGAAACAGUGGUGACGGAGUGUUGGUUGGUCAGCUCCUGGCCAUUUGGUAAAAUAUCAUACAUUAUGUUUACACAACUGGUCCGGUUCGUAUCUCCCCGUUUAACCCAGAUUCUCUCAUGUCCCCU